AUGUCCCGUGUGCCAGAUGCGACUGAGCCCGCAGUGCGGCAGAGCCCCGAGCCCACAGCAGUCUUGAUACCGCCAGCAUCAAACGCUGCAUCAGAAAAGAACGCUGCGUUGGGAACACAGUUGCCGAUGCCUCCGGAACUGUGCCCUGAUGUGGAAAUGUACCCAAAGGAAAGCCCCCAGCAGGCGCCAAAACACUGGCUGCUGCGACUUGUCAACAUCAUUGUGCCCAGGGGAGGAGCACUGUCUGGUAUGCUGAAUCUCGCGAGCGUCACGCUUGGGGCCGGAAUUAUCUCUAUUCCGUCCGCCUUCAAUACCUCCGGAAUGGUCAUGGCGAUGGUGUAUUUGCUGGCGGUGACGGCGUUGACGGUGUUCUCCAUCCAUCUGCUUGUGGCGGCGUCGGAGCGUACGGGAUACCGAAGUUUUGAAUCCUUGGCGCGUGGCCUCCUUGGGCGUGGCGCGGACAUCGCUGUGGCGCUG